AUGUCGAAAUUAGUGAAUCCGCCAACGUUUAAGAAACCGAGAAAAAUUCGUGAGACUCUAACACUUGAGAAUAAGUUGAAUGUUAUUGAAUUGCCCAAUGAAAAUAAAAGUGAGAGGUGUGUUGCUCAAUUAAUGGGCGUUUCUCGUUCUCAAGUAAACCGAAUCGGGAAAUCACGAGAGAAAAUUGAACGUUUUAGUAAGGAAAAAGUGUUUCAACCAACAGCCAAAGUAAUGGCCAAUAGAUCUCUCAUUGCUGAUCUCGACGAUUCUAUUUACAAUUGGUUUCGUGAAAUGAGGAAUCCUCUCGGCCGUCGUAAGCCUCUUUCGUUGUCCCGAGCAGUAAUUCAGGCAAGGGCUUUACACGAAGCAAAAAAGAUCGGGCUAAUAGAAUUCAAAGCGUCCGAUGGAUGGUUUAGAAAUUGGCGACGAAGAUAUGGAAUUGGCCCGAGUAUUCGUCUCUUUGGAGAAGCUGGUGAUGUGAAUAUCGAGGAAGUAGAAAAAUUGAUCCAGGUCAUUCGAGAUAAACUUAGAAAGUACAAUCCUAAAAUUAUUUUUAAUAUGGAUGAAACUGGCUUACUGUUUCGAGCUCUGCCUACGAGCACUUAUGUAAGCUUGGAAGAGGGAAGCAGGAAAGAAAUUAGAGGGACCAAAGUGCUUCGGGCAAAAGAUCGUGUCACGUUGGUGCUUUGUGUCAACGCGACAGGAACAUGCAAAGUUUAA